AUGGGUGUUUUUCUAGCAAUUUGUGGGUUUAAUUGUGCAUUUUCAACGUUCACCGAUAGCUAUGUCGACGACGAGGGGAACGUACACUAUGGGAUAGCCACACGCACGGGGUUUUGGCCUACUAGUCGGUCUAGUAACGUUGAUAUGUCCAAGUAUAAGCUAAGGGCAGGGGAUUUUGUACAUGCUGUCACGUCGGUUUUCGUGUUUGUUGUCGUGGCGGGUUUGGACAAGAACACGGUGGAUUGUUACAUGCCGGCAUUGGAGACUACUCGGAAGACUAUGCUCAUGGUGUUGCCUCCGGUUGUUGGUGGUCUUUGUAGUGGUAUUUUUGCUAUGUUUCCUAGCACAAGGCAUGGUAUUGGGUACCCUUCAAAUAAUGGUGCUAAAUCCUAA